AACAAAAGUUUGCGAAAAGCGUUUAAAAAGACAUUCACAGUACUUCAACAGCUUGCUAGAGGACACCGUGGUAUUCAAGAGUAUCUAUUCGACCGGCUAGAUCGUCUGCUAUCGAUUGCAAAACUACCUCAAGAAAUGGGGCAGACACUAAUAGAGGUUUUUAUCGGAAACGCAAGGAAUUGUAAGGCGAUAGAACCACGCCAUAUAGAGAAAAUAAUAAAGCUGUUCAUGACUAACAAAUCCUCAGCAAACCUAGACCUAUUGAGUGUCAUUGUAAAGCCGGAAGUUUCAGAUGUGCCAUUGAAGCGUAACCAAGACGCAUUUAUGACAUACUUCAGAAAGUUUAGAGCUGAAUUUGCUUCAAUCAUUGACUUAGAUGACAGCGCACGAGACGCCGUUCUUACGUCAGAUAAUGUAACCUCUGUGACUUCUCUUAUUUCUUUGGUGGACCUGCUUGCGAUAUGUGCUCAGGGUGGGAACAGUUUCACGACUUCGGUAUGUAAGCCGAUCUUUACCAUUCCACAGCUGUUGAAGAUUUUAAAUAAUAAUAGCAUCGUUGACUAUCGAAAGAGACCUUUCCUCCGCUUCUUAGUGUGGGUAUAUGUGUACAAACCAAGCGGACAGGUUGAAAGUGGAACAAGAACCGUGUUGGAUGAUUCCACCAUUUGGUCGUACAUGGAAAAUAUACGUGGGACGUUAAAGACUAUAACAGACUAUGUCAAGAGCAACCCAGACUCAGUUCCACAACUUCUACGGAGGAUAUCAUUAUCUCAAAGGGACAUAUCAGAAGAUAUAAAAGGCUCAGUCCGUUACCUGUUUGAUGCUGUCAUUCCAUUCAUUCAGAUAUAUUGUCAAUGCCGUCUUCCGUCUGGAAAACUCAGCGAUUCUACACAAGCAACAACAAUAACGAAUCUCGCCAAAGACUUCCAGGAGUUCAUAAAAAUGAUGUCGACGCACUGUAGUUCUCAGCACCAAAUACAUGACCUAGUGACGUGUACACGAGUACUUAUAUCACGUAGCGAUUUCUCUACAGAUGACGUAAAAUUAUUUGAAGGCAAAUAUGGUCAAGGGAAAGUCGUCGUUUCUGCAACAAGCGAUGCACUCCAGUCAUACGAAGGGGAAUUCAAGGAUGAAGAAGCGAUCAACCGUCAGUUAAAGGCGUUUGCGAGAAAUGUGAAAUCUGCGUAUGAAUGGGAAACUUCUUUGUCGAGCCAAAAUGAGUUUUCAAGCGAAUCAACGUAUGGUAAAACUGUCCGAGACGCAGAACUACCUAAGGGACCGGGUUUCCAAGCACACAUGCACUGCUUCAUUGACGAGGCUGCCCACAGUCUACAUGGACAAUACAACAUGUCAGAAAAACUCGUCAAACAGCUGAUACAUUCCACAAAGCGCUCAAAUCUGAGUGCAAAAGACCAACGAGAUCAAACAGAGGUGGACAUCAAAUGUUUGCAGUUGUUGCGUGGAAUCAUUCUUAAAGAAAUUGAUGAAUUACCAGUCGACUUCGAAAAAUGUCCAAGAUUGCAUAAACAUCAGUUAACUGUGAUAAAAGAGAUCCAGUCGGUGCUGAAUAAAUUUGGCCUGAUAUGUGAGGUCGUUAGGCUUGUAUCAAGUGCAAAUGAUCUAGUCUUCCGAGAGGCAUUGGCACUGUUGGAAACGAUGCUGUUCAAUGGGAACGAGGAAGUUCAAACCAGUUUGAUCGAGUAUUUUUCCGAAAGGAAGGAUGACACGUUUUUUCUGGUCUUUCAAAGGCGAAUAUCUAUGAGCAGCGGCGCGAUAAAGUACAGCUUCGCGCAACGUUGCUUAGCACAGAAUCUUGAACGAACAAUGACGGUACCGGUGGAAAUUCCGGAAAGUGACGGAAUUUCAUCCACGUUUUCUAAUAAUGUAAGCAGGAAUAAUAAAGUAGCCCCAACGUUUAUCCCUACACAGGAAAAUCAACGGAAAGAGGAAAGCAAACUGUCUUUCACCACAGAUACAAUACCACAAGAUAUCAUGGACGAUGGUUGUUUUGCAAUGGUGCUUAAUGUUCUACGGCUGAUGUGCAGUAAUCAAAACUCUAGACUGCAGGAUCUUCUUCGUGAACAACCUGAGAGUAGCACAUCCAUAAACUUAGUUGCUGAGACCAGUGGUGUUGUUGGUUUCUUGUAUGAAAAUAUUUCAACGGAUUCCAUUCAUCUUCUUACUCGAGUCUUUGAAACUCUUGCAGACUUAUCAUCGUGCAAUCGUGGAAAUCUCAAGGUGGUGUUCGAAAGUCAUGUAUGUGCCAAUGCAAACCACAUUUUACAAGUCGGUAUGUACGGAGAAUGCACUCAUAGAGAGAUUUUCCUAUUGAAACAAUCUAUCGGGAUGUUGUUGAGAUGUUUUACUGAAGAAAAUCGUCACGGAAUUAAGGAACAUGAGAAUGAAUCGGUGGAGGUUAUGCAAUGUCUGGAUGUUGGUGACUUGAUCAAGACAAUGACUGAGGCAUGGAAGGCUUUCAAUACCCCAGCGGACGAAUCCCUCGUGCCGUUAGUGCAGAGUGUGGGAUUUCUGUUUUAUCAUCUAAUCGCUCGAAAAAUGGAACGUCAUAAUGACAGCACGGUUCUGGAAGAUAUAAAGGACGAAGAAGUGAAGAAAGCCUUAGAAUACUAUGAGAGUCACUCGAUGUCAAUCGAGAUUGUUAAGAAUGAUGUUGUCCAGAAAAUAUAUUUUAGAGUCAAGGACAAGAGCGUUCUGCGUAAAGAGGUAAAAGACAAAUUCAAGAACGAAAUUGAUCGCAGUUCCCAGACUACCAAGAUACAAGGUCUGGUCGAUUGGUCCAACGACAUUGCUAAUGAUAUCAUAAACCGACGCAGAAUCAGCAUCAAUCCUUUUGGUCGACUUCUAAUUAAAUUGUGGACUCCACUGAAUUACCUGGUCAUGUUGUUUACCCUUGCAAUUGCCGUCGUCAUUAUGGUUACGUGGAAGGGUGAUGCUAACCAACCAAGAAUUAACGCCGGGUAUAGAUGGCAGGGUGGAGAGAUCGCCAUUUACGCUCUAGGGGGCGUUCAUAACUUCCUGUCAUUAGCGAUUUUGCUGAGCUACAUUGUAUCCAACAGACCAAGACUUCCGUAUACUGGGAAAGUGUUCCGACUAUUUAGAAAUGACGAGACAUUAGAAGAUCGACAAUAUCGAUCACGUCUUGAGGUGAAAAUCUACGACUGGAAGACAAUAUACUACGUGAUUUUCCUGGGUUGUUCUGUAGCGGGUACAGUGACUGACGGCUACCUGUUUGCGGUACACUUUCUCCACAUUGUAGAGAUGAAUGCACAUCUCAAACGUGUCUUGAAGUCAAUUACAACGAAUGCGAAAUCCCUGCUAUUGGUCGCAUUGCUCGGGCUGGCCAUAUUCUACAUCUACGCCCUUAUCCUGUACGCCUUUUACCGGGACUGGAAGUGGAGUGCAGACAAUGGCCGACAUUGCACUACGAUUUACGAGUGCUUUGUAUCUAUCUUGCACCACGGUCUGGUCGAAAGUCCAUAUGCGCAAUUUGAAGGUAACAUGACGGACAAUUUCAAGGAGGCAAUCGGGAUCAUGUUUUUUGACGUGUCUUUCUUUAUCAUCAUUACGCUGCUUGGGUUCUACAUCAUCCUCGGCAUAAUCGUGGACUCUUUUAUCCAGCUGAGAAACAGCCGGGGGAGAAUCGAAGACGAUUUAAAGACGGUCUGUUUUAUCUGCGGCAGAAAACGUACCGAAUUUGGGCUACAUGAAAAGGAUUUCACCAAGCACAUUAAGAUCGAGCAUAACCUAUGGGCGUAUAUCCUGUUCUUUAUCCAUCUCGACGAGACCAAUCGACAAGAGUAUUCUCCCUUAGAGCGAUAUGUGUUUAUGAAGCUGAUUAAGAACGAGCUUGACUUCUUCCCCAUCCACCGUGCCCCUAGCUUGGAGAUGGCGGAUGCUGGUAAAACGGUAGAGCGUCAUAAUGAUCCGAUUGAUCACGUGAUACCGACCGUAAAGCGUUUGGAGAAGCAGAUGGAGUUCUUGGUGACCCGGAUGAAAGACAAGGAAGAAGAGUUGUCUAAUAAGAAAUCGAAAAAGCGACCGAAAACUGAAACAAAGCCUUGAUUAAAGGACAUAAUUCAGAGACGUACAAUAUUGGACAUUUAUUGAAGUUGUGUUUGUGUUUAAUGUCUUUUAUAAUCAUUUAAUAGUAUGCAUGUUUUAUCGUAAUAAUCAAAUAUCAAAUAUAACUGUAAUUAGCCAGCAAGGACAGAUUCCUCAAAACGGAGACAGUCUCCCAAUCCGGAGAUGUCGCCCUAUCGAGUGACAUUUCCUAACAAAACAUACCCAAUUGUGUGUCCCUCGUAUCGGAGACAUUCAGCCGAAUACGAGAUUGGCUCCCGAUCCAAGAAUCUGUCCUAGCUGUUAGCGCCGCAUUGAAAAGAGAUUCUGUGAAAGGCGUUUUUGAAAAUUUUCUAAUAAUAUCUUAACUGGUAAAGUAUAUAACAUUGACUUACUCUAAAAAUUAUUAUCAACAAAGGUUUAUACAAAUGGAUUGCCGCUUAUCAAUAAUAAAACGUUUAACUAUCAAUAAAUAUGAACACUGGUGCCAGUAAAUUAAAAUUAUAUAUUUUUUCGGAAAACAAAAAAGUGCUUAAUUUCCGAAAUUUUGUGCUUGUUAAUUUAUAAUUUGCAUCUAUCGGAAAGCAAACGGUUCUGUACAGUAUAAACUCCAAAAAUACAUCUAGUAUCUAAAAGGUAGCCGUUCGAGUGCAUUGCAUUCUUUUUGUUUGAUCAAAGUCUUUAAAUUAGGUUGUCCAUGUAACGGUCUUAAACGAAAUGCGUUAGGUGUGUUUAGUUCACGUUAGGAAAUCGAUACAUAUAAUAUAACUGUAUAAUAGUAUGGAAGUCCUUUUCUCCUACCUUUUUAAUAGUUUUCGCAUGUCUAGUGUAUUAUCUUCCUUGUAUACAUUUAAUUUAUUAGGAGCUUCACUUAUAUCUAUAUACAUAUCACUUCCAUAAUUCUCCUUUAAUUCAUAUUACUUCUUUAUUUAACCAAAGUACUGUUAUACAUAAAACUGUAAAGCUGCAUUUUGGUUAAAGGAUGCAUAGAAAAUGUUAUGACAACUGGUCUUCACGUCAGAAUCGUACUUACAUUCAAUUCGAGCAAAUUCCAUUAUUGCUAGAGUAGAAUGUUUAAAACGUGAUUUUUCGGUUAAGUCCACACAGUAACAUUUACAAAUUUAGACAAUUUACGUAAUUAAAAUAGUAUGUGUUUUCUAUAUUCAGUUAUGUUUCCGUUGGUAUUUAUCUGUUUGCUACAUGUUAAUGAUAUAGUUUAUUUAUGAGAACAUUUUUGAAACACUGUGCGUUGCCGUGUGCAUUGUGUUUAUUUAGAAUGAGUAUAAUAGGUUUAAGAUUUGUUGAUAUGCAUAGUGUGCGCUUUAUUGGCAAUGGGUUUUUAUAAUUGGAUCAAGCCCUUAUAGCAACACAUGCAUUCUACUUCGAGGUGUAUUUGUAACUUCUUUACAAUGAGUCGCGUUCCGAGAAAAGUGGACACAAUGCAUGUGCGUAAAGUGUCGUCCCAGACUGCACAGGCUAAUCUGGGACGACACUUUACGCACAUGCAUUAUGCCCAGUUUUCUCAGAACACGACUUACAUGACAUAAAUAUGCCUUGUCGUAAAAGAAUGAAAUCUAUUGAUCGGGUUUACGUUCUUAUUAAAUAUGCCCAUGUCCGAGGUAAAUGGAAUUUCAGGUAAUUGUAAUAAAAUCGUUGCCUUGCAUUGUAUUGUAGUGUUUUAUGUUUAAUUUUUCAGGUAAUUAUCCAAGUGGUGCAUAUGUUUUUUUGCAUUAAGCAUAAUAUAUUAUCGAAAAAUAAUAUGAAACAAAUGCAAAUAACAUUGUCAGAUAUUUUCAUGUUAUGUACACGCCGUAAAUGGGAUACCAGAUAAAUUGUGUCGUGUUCUGAAAAAACUGGUUAUAAUGCAUGUGCGUAAAGUGUCAUCCCAGAUUAGCCCGUGCAGUCCGCACAUGCUAAUCAGGGACUACACUUUCCGCCUAAACUAUAUUUUUGGUAAGGAGGGACUCCCUUGAAACUUAAAAUACCAUAAAAGCGGAAAGUGCGGAGUGCACAUGCUAAUCUGGGACGACAUUUUACGCACAUGCAUUAUACCCAGUUUUGUCAGAACGCGACUAAAUUAUAAGAAACGUUGUUAAAUGUGUUUCAGUUGCUAUGUUCAUCGUCUUUUUAACCCAUUUAUGCCCAGUGGACUCUCCAAUCCUUCUAAAUUGGAUCAAUUUAUUUCCAAAAUUAGGGAUUCUAGUUUAUUUAUUUCUAUAUUUAGAAUAUUUCUUACAGAAAUUCCUUUAAGCAGAUAGCGCAGACCCUGAUGAGACGCCGCAUCAUGCGGCGUCUUAUCUGGGUAAACGCUGUUUGCCAAGGCCUUUUUUUCUAGACGCUAGACAUAAAUGGAUUAAUCAUCAAAUACCGGGAAUGCAAUUAUUGCAAUUCAUGCCUGAAAUACUAAUUUGGAACACACGUGCUUGUGAAGUUGUCACAUGAAUGUAUAAUAUAUUUCAUUUUAAACAUGCAUAAAUACAAACAACUGAGUUUCGUUGGGAAAAUGGUUAGGCCGUGGAACGUAUAGGCAUCUGACGAUCGGUGGAUAUUAUUGCAGAACAUGUAUUGAUAAUUUGUACAGUUCGUGUUUAUUCCCCUGUUGAGUUGCAGAAAUGUACUCAUUCGCAACACUAGAAGAAUGCUGGUUCCUAACGGUCUGAGCUUUAUAAUACAACUACAGUAUUAACAAACAAGCACAUUUUGUCUAAUAGGAAUUUUAGAAGUCAGUCAGUUUGAAGUUGUUUUUUUACAAUUUAUGGGACCUGCCAUAUGUUGAUCCCGCCCCUAUUGUCUGUCCAUUCAAUCUUAGAUCUUAGAAUGUUUCACUAAAUGUAUUAUUCAUGUAUUUAAUUUAAUUAUGUAUAAUUUAUUUAAGUUUUAAAUAACCACUUAAUAAAGUGACUUAAAACUU